GUAAUUUUUUUUUAUCGUCCUUCUUCCCGUUGAGCUAAUCGAUUUCGGUCAACUGCUACACCUGCUCGCCUUUUCUCAGAUUUAUCCUCCCUAAAGCACACAUAACAUGGAUGAUUUUGACAUGUUGAACGCGCCCGCCGCUGGUAACGGUGUUGGCUCUGAGGAGGACCCUGCUGCUGCGUUCUUGGCCCAGCAGGAGAGUGAAAUCGCGGGGAUUGAAAACGACGAAGGCUUCAGCAUCUUGGACAGUGGAGAUGUCCCCUCAUCGCUGGCAGACUCUAACGAUGGUGCUGUCAACGGAGAUCUUCAUGGGGAAAGCAAUGGUCCAUCAGACGCCUAUGCGGCAAUCUCCAAUGCAGACCGGCUUCAAGCUGAACCUGAAAGCCUACGCAAGUGGAGGGAGGAGCAAAGAGAGAGGCUGGAGGUGCUAGACAAUAACUCUCGCAAGCAGGAGUUGGAGUGGAAAGAGAAAGCCAAGGUGGAGCUGGAAGAGUGGCACGCCAGGCAGAACGAGCAGCUGGAGAAAACCAAAACCAAUAACAGGGUGCUGGAUGAAGACUUCUACAAGCAGCCCUUCUCUGAACUCAUUGGUUAUGUGGCGGCUGAGGAGGCCAUGAUUUCAGAUCUGGAUGAGAACAACCCUGGCACAGAGUGGGAACGAGUGGCUCGGCUCUGCGACUUCAACCCCAAGUCCAGCAAGCAGGCCAAAGAUGUGUCCCGUAUGCGCUCCGUCCUAAUCUCCCUGAAGCAGUCCCCGCUAGUCCGCUAGGCAGCCAAGGCUACUCAGGGUGUCAUACCAUAUCAUUCUCUGUAACCACACACCAACCAACCUAACUACCCAUGCCCCCCCCCCCCCCCCCCCCCCCCCAUCUGUAUUCUGAAGCCAAGGGGCCUUACACCCCUUCUGUCCAUAUGUUUUUGCCAUGCACAGCCCUGUGGAAUUACAAAGCCAGUAGUCCUACUUUCAUCCAUAUCCUUCUGGCAGGGCUGUUGAGAUUAACCUUGAAGCACCAGCUCACCAUUUUCUACCCACUCAGUGGUGUGAACCUCUUCUGCAGACCAAUCAAGACCUUUUAAUUAUUCUCUCAUUGUUUAACAUAUACUGAGAUCAAGGCCCGUUGGGUUAGGAUCAGGUUUUGUGGUCUGUGGUAUUGUGUAACACUUGAGUAAGGGUGGUGAGUUGGCACACUAAAAGGGAAGAGUUGACUGUGUGGUCCUACAGAUACACUACAGCCUGCUUCAUGUGGCCCCUAAACAGUAUCAUUCCCAUGACCCUGUACUUUAACUCUCUAACUGUCAGUCUUAUUAAUAGUUCUCUCACCUGUGAGAGUAGAUGUUUGUUUUCUUCACCUUUUGCCCUGUCAACACAUCGCCUCCUGUUUGCCCAUCCUUACAAGAAAGAUCUUCAGAAUUUUUCUUAAUUGCUGAUAUUUUUUUUAAGGACCAAACUCUAAGACAAAACUCCAAAUUCAGUGUGUGUACUUUGAACUGUGUGUGUAGAGCCUGCUUGUGUCAUAUUGUGUUAAAUUUUCCAAUCUAUGCAUUUCCUUUUGAAAAGCCUCUCCCCAUCUCCAGUCAGGAACUGAACAAAGUCCAGUCAUUACAAUGUGACCUGUUUGUGUGUGUGUUUAAACCUCAACAGUGUGUGUAUGUACUCUAUGCGUGUACCUAUGUACAUAUACAGAAGGCAAUAUAUAUACAGUAUAUAAAAUGUUUAUGUCACUGAAAUUGGACAGUUUUGGGUUUUAAAGAGAGAAAUUAGCUGUUAGCCAGCUGUUGCUUGACCAUGCGUGUUCAUUGUCCAUUUGAUUUCAAUAUCAGUAAAAAGUGAAAGAAA